UAAAUGUUUAUAUCUGAAACACUCACUAUAAACUAAUCUCCUCAACAUUAGCUUCAAACUAUUGAGUAAUCAUAAUAGCGCAUCCACCCAUUUGAGAACAUUCAAUUUGGUUAGAUGUCGAAAUCAACAAAAAAUAUCCCAGAGCUCAAAAUGAGAAAAGUCUAUCUGAUGAAGGUUUCGCAUCAUAAAAUAAAUUAGGAUAAAGUGAGAAAGAAGUAUGUUUGGUUGGAAAUGAAGAUAAAUCAAUACAGAGAAAAAGAUUCAAUUAUUCACGAUGAGACGAGUAAGAAAUUCUUCCUAACUUAUUUAAAGAGUUCUGCAGGAUUUGUCUAUGCGAUGAUGGCAGCUCUGAUCUGAUACGACCUUGUAAAUGCAAAGGAUCUCUAUAAUUUAUUCACGAGAAUUGUCUGAAGUUAUGGGUAUUGGAAAAGCAAGGGAUAGAGAAGGUCUAUCAAAAUGAUGUAAUCUCAUUUCAUAUAUAAAAAAGAUAGAUUGCGAAGUCUGUCAUUCGAAGUUUUUAAUGGAAACUAAAUUUUCUAAUUAAAGGUAGCUGAGAAUGUUAAGAAGUGCACCAAGAGCUAGAAUAUGUUGCUGGACAAUUGAAAUAAUCAUGUCUUUGGGUAUACUUGGAACCAUUAUUGCAUUGAUCUAUUAGAUUGUUGUAAGAUUCAAAUAUUAUAAAAUAUAGAACGGUAUAAUAGAACCUCUGAUAUUGGCAGGCACAACUAUAUUUGUUAUUUUAUUGAUUCUGAUUCUCUCCUUGAUUUACGUAAGCUGCGUGGAUUAGGUUUCAAUUGAAGUUCUUGACCCUUGGAGAUUCAUUGAUGUACAAAUGGAAAGUGAUUCUAAAUCUAUUUCGAUACUUGAAUUAGAAAACCCAAUUAAGUAGACUAUUUAGAUUAUAAACAACAAUGAUGAUAGAAAUAAUAUGCGCUACUCCACUAUAAAUGUAAUUUAGAUACAGAAUUGA